AGGUGAUGUGCGUACCUGCGCUGAUGGCGACGCUCUGAGGGUGACAGCGGGUGAGACCUCACCCUUCCUCCCGCCCCCCCACCACAACCACCACCCCCCCAAAUGCUGCACAGAUGUAUUCACUCGAUCAGGAAAACAUCUCCAAAUCCCCGGCUUCCACCAAAGGACCAGUCCAGUAUGGAGAGCUCAUUGUGCUCGGGUGUAACGGCGCUCUGCCCAACGGGGACAGGGGGAGGAGGAAGAGCCGCUUCGCUCUGUGUCGCAGGAACAAGUCCAACGGGGUGAAGCCCAGCACCGUCCACUCGUCCUGCACCCCUCAGGCUGCUAAGGCUGUGAGCAACAAGGAGCAGCACAGUAUUUCCUACACGCUGUCCCGGGCUCAGACGGUGGUGGUGGAGUACACGCACGACAGCAGCACCGACAUGUUCCAGAUUGGUCGUUCCACGGAGACUCCCAUUGACUUUGUGGUGACGGACACGCUGCCCGGGGGUCAGAACCAAGUGGACGGACAGACGGUCCAGAGCACCAUCUCCCGCUUCGCCUGCCGCAUCAUCUGCCAACGGAGCCCUCCUUACUCGGCACGCAUCUACGCCGCCGGCUUCGACUCCUCCAAGAACAUCUUCCUCGGGGAGAAGGCGGCCAAGUGGAGGAUGCAGGGCGGCGAGAUGGACGGGCUGACCACCAACGGCGUUCUGGUGAUGCACCCGUGCCACGGCUUCAGCCAGGGCUCCACACCGGGCGUGUGGAGGGAGAUGUCCGUCUGUGGAAACGUCUUCACGCUGCGGGAGACCAGGUCGUCUCAGCAGAGAGGCAAGAUGGUGGACUCCGAGUCCAACGAGCUGGUGGACGGGUCCCUCGUGGACCUGUGCGGCGCCACCCUGCUGUGGCGGACGGCGGCCGGCCUGGCGCACACGCCCACCGUCAAGCACCUGGAGGCCCUGCGGCAGGAGCUGAACGCCGGGCGGCCGCAGUGCCCCGUGGGCCUCAACACGCUGGCGUUCCCCAGCCUUCGCCGCAAGGACGUCCCGGACGAGAAGCAGCCCUGGGCCUACCUGCGCUGCGGCCACGUGCACGGCUACCACGGCUGGGGGGGCCGCCGCGACCCCGCGGUGGAGGCGGAGCGCCAGGAGAGGGAGUGCCCCAUGUGCCGGACGCGGGGCCCGUACAAGCCGCUGUGGCUGGGCUGCGAGGCGGGCUUCUACGUGGACGAGGAGCCGCCGACGCACGCCUUCGUCCCCUGCGGUCACGUCUGCUCGGGGAUGACGACGGCGUACUGGAGCCGGAUCCCGCUGCCGCACGGCACGCACGCCUUCCACGCCGCCUGCCCCUUCUGCCUUCAGCCGCUGGGCGAAGAGGCCGGCUGCGUCAGACUCAUCUUCCAGAGCCCGCUGGACUAGAAACACUCGGACCUCUUGUCUCAUGCCUUAACCGAGGGCGUAGGUUUUGUGUCAGCAGUCGGGGGGGGGGGGGGGCACAGAAAGGUUUAAGAUAUAAUCUACACUCUAAGAAAUACAUCCGUAAAAUAACUGAAAAAGUUCUGGCAGCUCAACACCCGGACUUUUCCCCUUAGUUAAAAUAAUGCAAAAGAUGUGUGUGUGAAUCUACAGUUAAAAUACAGAAACAUUUUCUGUUAGGCCAGUUAUAUAAAACGGUCUCACAUCUCAGUUAGUAACCUUCUGAAAACGUCAAAUAUAGUGUAAAAAGCAACAAAAACAUCAGAAAUGGGACGAAUAAUUGGGAAGAAAGUGACAACGUGAACUUAAUCUCCCAAAACCAAGGAUACAUAUUUAGAAGGGAGAAAUCUACUUCU